UUUCCUGUUCACCUGAAUGAGCAACAAGUUCCCGCAGAUCGGCUGGGUGAGAUGGAUCUGUAGGACAAAAGCUGUUUCAGUUUAGGACUGGACUCUUAACGGUGGCCGGAGGAUCCUUGUACUCAUGGAUUGCUGUGACACAUCAGCUGGACAAUUCAGGGACUUCAAGAGGGACGACUUUGAGGCUGAAUGGACUAAGGUGGCCGAAGGUAGAUUUGGUCAUGUGUACCAAGUCAAAGUCAAGCUCUGGCGGGAAAAGUGUGCUCUGAAAACCUUUGAUGCAACAUUGUCUGCCAACAACUUUUACAGGAAAACAAAAGAUGUAUUGUCCAACAUAGCCAAGUUGAAGUUUAGGUACAUUUUGUCCAUCUAUGGCGUGUGCAGCGAAGCUACAGCUGUUGUCAUGGAGUACAUGAGUAAUGGAUCCCUAAACAAUCUCCUAGUCAGUCACCACUUCAUGUGGCAAAAGAAGUUCCAGAUGGUCCAUGAGAUUUCUAUGGCCAUGAAUUUCCUUCACAGCGCGAAACCUCCGCUGCUUCAUCUUAACCUCAAGACUUCCAACAUCCUACUGGACGAUCAUCUUCAUGUCAAGGUUUCAGAUUUUGGUCUUGUCCACUGGGAGGAUGGCAUGUGCAAGGCGACGUUCAUGGAGCGCCUGACAGCAAGAGGCAACAUAAACUACAUUCCUCCUGAGGUCUUCACCGAAUGCUCCGAUUCACCAGGAACUGCUUUUGAUGUUUACAGCUUCGGGAUAGUGAUUUGGGAGAUACUGACACAGCAGAAACCCUACACAGGGUGCAGUGUGACCAAGGUGCUGCUGCAGGUAUCAAAAGGGAAGAGGCCCUGUUUGGAGAUGAUUCCUGAGAAGAGGCCCGAGGAGUGCGACGAGUUGAUCUGCAUCAUGCAACAGUGCUGGGACAAGAAUCCCCAGAUGAGGCCCCUAUUCUCAGACACUGUGAGGAAAACAGAGACUCUGAACGAAGUCUUGAAGAUCCCAGGAACAAUAACAGGUCAAAGGAAGGACGAACCUGAGCAGGAAUCAAAGUAUCCCUGGAUGUUCUCGCCAGCACACAAAGUCAGUUUACUUGAGAUGUCUGAAACACUUUCAGAUGACCACCACGGCAAGAACAGCAUUCUCUCUAUGCUGGCCAAAAAGGACUUUAGCAGUUUCAGGCAGUCUGUGAAAGGAGAUGACGUGUACAUGCAGUAUUCGGGCCAAAAGAGCCUGCUUCACUUCACGGUAGCCAGCGGUGAUGCAGAAAGUGUCAAGCAUGUCCUGAGUCUGGGUGCUGAAGUGAACUGUACAACUGCCAGAGGUUACACUCCCCUUAUCAUCGCUGUUUUGCAAAGGUUUUAUGACAUCACCUGUUUACUGCUGGAUCAUGGAGCAUCUACAACGCAAGGGGACAAAGACCAGUGGACGCCGCUGCAUUUUGCAGCACAGAAUGGGGAUGACAGAACCAUCCGUCUCCUACUGGAAAAAGGAGCUGCGGCCGAUGUGCGAGAAAAAGCCGGUUGGUUGCCUCUCCACCUGGCGUGCCAGAAUGGCCAUGAGACAGUUGUGCGCCUGCUGCUUUCGCGGAUGUCAGAGGACGCCAUUGUAAAUCAGGUGGAGGAGGAAGGUAGAACACCGCUCCACAUUGCAUGCUCCUACGGGCAUGUCAACAUCGCCAAACUUCUCAUUGGUAGUGGUGUGGAUCCGAACGCUAUGGACUAUUCUUUCUCCACUGCUCUCCAUCUGGCAGCUGAGCAAGGCCAUAACCGCAUAGUCAGACUCCUGUUGACUAAGGAGGUCAAAACUGACAUUCCAGACAUCAGGAGAUACACACCACUUCAUCUGGCUGCUCUGAAGGGUCAUACAGGCAUUUGCAGGCAGCUGCUUUCCAACGGGGCCAACCCGAACUGCAAGACCGAUCAAGAGUGGACUCCCAUGCACCUGGCAGCCCUAAGAGGACAUGAGGCUAUAGUGGUCCUUCUGGAGAAUAAGGGUGGUUCAGUGAAUGCAAAAGGCCAGAAUGGCUGGACUCCACUGCACCUGGCCUGCCACCAGAGUGAAUCGGAGGUAGUGGUGAAGCUUCUGGCAGCAAAAGCUGACCCAAACGUCAAAGAGGAAAGUGACGGAUGGACACCCCUGCACCUCGCCUGUGCCAGUCUGUGCUUUCCAUGUGUCCUCCACUUAAUAUCACAUCAGGCAGAUGUCAAUGCAUUAAACUCAGGAAAGGCAACACCUUUACACUUAGCUUGCCAACAUGGCUGCAUGCCCAUUGUUAAAGCUCUGCUGCUAAAUGGAGCAGAUAAGACACUGAUGGACUCUUCUGGAUCCACAGCACUGAAUGUAGCCCAGAGGUGUGAAAAAUGGGAAAUCGUGGAGCUGCUGAAAAAUGAAUGUGAAUUGUAAAUUACAGCAAAGAAAGGUUUUUGAUAAUUGACCACAGUGCAGUAUUGUUGACCCGGUCAUUGGGACUUUGGUGUGACAUUUUGUACCAGGAUGUUGAAGGUUUUUGAUAAGUUUUGUCGUUUUUGUUAUGACAAGAAUAGUUUUUAAAAGUGGAUUAGAAGUAGACAUUUAAAGACUUUUAACAUUUUGCUUGUCCAACAUCCAACUACAAAUAUAUAAAUAUAUAAUUGAGGCCGACUGAGAUUUUGCUCAGGCAACUAAAUAGGCCUGGUUUCACAAUUGGCUUUUCACAAAGUACUCUGUUUUUUUCUUUAUAAGCACUUGAUAAAACUAGUUGGCUCUCCAGCAGAUCAUAUUUAUAUAACCAAUAAACAUGAGGCCACAAUGAAGCCUGUGAACAACACCACAUGUUGUGGGGGAGCGUUUGUUUUGUCUGUUUGUUUUGUUUGCUGAGCAUCAGAAGGUGCCUCAGUGGUCAGUCAUAUUACAAACAUCCAGUAUAGGUGGAUUUCAUACACAAAUGUUGUUUUGGUUACAUGAGAAACCUAUUUUUAUUACAUUUGUCAAACAAUCAUGUUAUCUCGAUGCAAAUGACAAGCCAAAAAAACCCACAAAAAAAACCCAGCACUGUCUAAAAUGGCACUGCCACUGUUCCCAAAGCAUGUAUGUAAAUUUAAGAAAAUUGCUUUCAGACUUGUGAAAACUGACAUCAACGGUACAAUGAAACAUGACAGUGAGUUUAAAUGUGGGUAUCAUUAUUCUUGUCACUGGGAGAA